AUGCGUAAAGUAGCAUCUAUUCAGAGAAUGGCCCGGAGAGUGUUGAAAUGUGGAAGAAACAAGCUUUGGAUUGAUCCAAACGAGAAGGAAAGGGUUACUGCAGCGCAAAACUAUGAGCAUGUAAAACAACUUGUAGAGGACAACAUUAUUAUCCGCAGAAGAGAUAAAGUGAACAGUAGAGCUCAUGCCAGAAAACUUGCUGAGGGCAGGGCCAAAGGAAGAAGAAUGGGUCUUGGAAAGAGAAAGGGAACCAAGAAGGCAAGGCUUUCUCCAAAGAAGAUCUGGAUGAAGAACAUACGAUCAAUGAGAGCGACUCUUAAAGAAUUAAAGAAAAAAGGCGAUCUUGUGGGCGAGGAAUAUCGCAUGUACUAUGUUCAGGCUAAGGGUAAUCUGUUCAAGAACAAGAAUGUGAUGCUCGAUGCAAUUAUGAAGAAGAAGGCAGAAAUGGCCAGGCUGAAAGAGCUAGGUUUGCAGGCCGAGGCACUCAAGAUGGGCAAGCCUAAUUAA